AUGGCCACUCCCACACAACCUCAGCAAUACGGCGGCGGGAACCCAUAUCCCACACCGGCAUCGCAAACUCCAUACCAGCAGCAAAAUCAGCAGACCCAGCAGCAACAGCAGCAGGGACCCGCUCCGGCGCAAUUCGAGAAAUACUGCAUCAUUCACAUCGCCACCACGUGUGACGAGCAUGGCGUCUACGUGACCAAGGACAGCGCCGAAGUCAUCGAGAUUGGCUGGGUCGUGGUCGAUGCUCAAAACCCCGAGCGGGAGCUGCACCGCCAGUCCGUUCUGGUUAGGCCAGUCAACACUCCCAUUACACCUCUCUGCACCUCGCUCACCACCUUGACCUGGGAGCAUGUUAAGAACGCCGGCACAUUUCGCGACGCCAUCAACACCUUCGACGCCUACGCUUCGGAGAACCUCGUCCCGAAAGAGGCCGGUCCUGGUGCCAACCCGACCUUCGCUUUCGUCACUCUCACUCCUUGGGAUCUACGUGUGCAGCUCCCUCGUGAAGCUCGCGACAAGAACGUGGUCCUCCCUCCAUACCUUCAACAUCCCGUCCUCUUCGGCCUUCGUGGAGAGUACCAGCUGUUCCAGUCUCACCACCCGGAAACGCUCGCUUUCAGCUCUACCAGCUUGUCCUCCAUCUGCGCAGGUCUGGAAGUUGAAGAAGUACGUUCGUCUGGCAAGGUCACCGGCGGUCUCCCAUUCCACCUUCAGGCACUCGCUCCGUCCUCUCCACGCAGAGCACUCGAGGAAGCACUCACUCUGACUCGCUGCCUGAACUCACUCGUCACGAAAUCGCGACCAUCAAACACCAGCUCCGGCACUCCCGACGUGCUCCAACGUCCGAUUGACGCCCGCAGUGACGUUCGUGCCUUCCUCGGCGAGAGAAGCAAGGUCCUGCAUCUGAGCGGACUGCCCCACGACACAACUCAGAGUGAGCUUGAGAGCUGGUUCACGCAAUUUGGAGGUCGUCCCAUCGCUUUCUGGACGCUGCGUACUCCCGAAGGUGGCAAGCCGAGUGGAAGUGGAUUCGUCGUCUUUGGAUCCCACGAAGAGGCCGCCGAAUCGCUCAGCAUGAACGGACGCGCUCUGAACGACCGCGCGAUCGAGGUCGCUCCUUCGUCGGCUCGCGUGCUCGAUCGCGCCGCGCACUCGCAGCCACCAGGUGGACCGCCUCUUCUCACUCCUUUCCCGCCAUCAAAGAACCGCCCACGUCCAGGUGACUGGACUUGCCCCAGCUGUGGGUUCAGCAACUUCCAGCGUCGCACGGCGUGCUUCCGGUGCUCAUUUCCCGCCAUGGGAGCUUCUGGUCCGGAUCCUUACAGCCAACCAUAUGGCGGUAUGCAACCACCUGCCUACGGCGGUGGCAACUAUGGCCACCCUGGCAUGAUGCAAGGCCAUAUGCAUGGCGGAAACCAGUAUGGAGGUGGCAUGGGCGGCAUGGGCGGCGGAUCCAGCGGUCGCGGUGGCAUCGUUCCAUUCCGUGCCGGUGAUUGGAAGUGCGGCAAUGAGGGCUGCGGCUACCACAACUUCGCCAAGAACGUGUCGUGCUUACGCUGCGGCGCCUCUCGCAGCAACGCCGCUGUCGUCGCUGAGAGCGGCAUGACGAGCUUCCCGGGCAACAGCUAUGGCGGUCCACCACCCAACAUGCCGAUGCAGUCGAUGGAUUCCAGCUCGUACGGCGGCAUGCAGCAGCCUUCCGGUGGCUAUGGCGGUAGCGGAAUGGGCGGUCCUCCAGGCGGCUUCGGCGGUCAAUCCUUCGGCGGCAUGCACUCUCAGCAAGGUGGCUUCGACUCCCGCACCGAGCAGGCUUUCAACAACCACGGCAGCCACGGUCCUCAGCAGGGCGGUCCACCAGGCGGCUACUCGAACGGCGGAUACGGCAAUACUGGUGGCUACGGAGGCGGUCCUGGAGGCAACGAUGGUUCUGGAGAUCCAUUCUCUUUCCUGUCCUCAGGCAUGGGCCAGCUCGGCAUCAACGAUGGAGGAGACAACCGCCGCAACGGACAAGGAGGCGCCAAGUCUCCUCAAUAGGUCGAGCAGCUUGUCACCACAGAAGGAGACGAUUUUGACUACCUCUACGCAUGGAGGAUCUUUUGGAAAAAGGGACGCGCUGUCGUCACUGGCCCGGUGAUCACCACACAAUGGAAGGAAAGCAAGAACAUUUGACACACACAAAAACACAAACAAACAUAUGGGAAUUGGUUGCAACACGACUGGCAACGCACAUGGUAGAAUCAAGGAAAGGGGGGGUUGCGUUAGCGUCGGCGCUGGGAACAAAAAGGAUCAUCAUGCUGAUGUGUGGUCUGUGAUUUCAAUAAGACUGGAAUAUGGCAAACGGGGGCCGGGGUUGUCGGGCAUCGGGCAGACUGUGUGGUUGAAUGCUUUAGCGAUGGCGUCGGGGUUGUUGUUGUUGCAUACUGGAGAGGAGUGAAUGCGGUCGUUGUUUCUCGUAAGAGGCGAGAGGAAAAGAUCUGGACUGCCGCGCAAAGGGAGGCGGGUCGGCAGAAGUGGCUGGCUGGCAAGAUUGUUUCGCUUUUUAAGCUCUCGAGGAUGGUGUCUGAAUGCUGAGAGAACUUUUGUGUUUCGUAUUGUGUCUUUGUUCUUGAGCUGAUCUGGGCUGGAGGUCUGAACAGUGAGCAUUGGUGGCAAUAUGUCGAUCUCACUC